UCGAAAUAUAAUUGAUCUAUAAUUUUGCUAACAAACCAUUUGUACUAGUAAAAUUAAGAAAUAUACACCACUUUUAACAGCAUGUGUUAAGUUUAUAUAUUUUUUAGAUAUAUUCAACAAAAUAAUUGCGGGUUAUAUAAUCAAUUCUUCUUAAAUUCUAUUUUAUGAAAUAAUAUUACUAAAAUGACUUCAAGAUGUAGAUUGUUAUGGCGACGAUUUUUGCAAUUAAAAAAAGUUAACUAUACAGUAGUUCCACGAGCUUUUACUCAUGUCCCCAAAAAAAUAUCACUUCCAUGCACUCUUGGAUUUUCAUUGCUAACCCUAAUUGGCUUGGAAAAGAAGUUAAAUGCAGAAGACGAGUUGAUAUUAUCAAUAAAACAUUGUGUACUGUUUAUUCAACGGAAUGAAUAUGAUAAGGCUGAACAACUCCUCCAUGUUGCUUUGAAACAGGCACAGCAAAUACAACAUCAGUUAGGUAUAACAUACAUUUACGAUGUGAUGGCCAAUUUAGCACUAGAAAGAGAACAGUAUGACAAAGCUAAGAAGUUAUUUGUAGUUGUAUCACAGAGGAUUAUGGCUGAUGGAGCAACGGAAGAUGACCUUCGAGUAAUUCACAUCAGUGUUAAGUUAGCAAGAAUUAGUCAUAUGAACAAAGAAUAUACAACAGCACAGUUAGGAUAUGAUUGGUGUUUAAAUAAACUCAAUAGUGCAGUUUCUAUAAAUCCUACAGAAGAAAAUGUAAAGCUCCUAGCAAUGGCUGAAGACUGGUAUGGUCGUUUAUUUUUAGAAUGUAAUAAAGAUGAUGUAGGCUUACGCUACAUGCAGAGCGCGUACGAAAAAAUGACAUCUUUGUCAGAUACAGAGAAAGAACAUUUAGUCAUACAGUUAAAUGAUCUUGGUACUGUUUGUGUAAACAUCGGCAAAAUUGACGAAAGUAUUGAAUAUUUCACAAAAGCUAUUGAUCUUGGUAAACAAAUACCUGAUUUCGAAGAUUUAGGUGUGUUCUAUGUUAAUUUAGGUAGAGCAUAUUUAAAGAAAAAUAUGAUAGAUGUUGCUAGAAAGUCAUGUGGACAUGGAUGGAAGUUAGGAGUACUCAUGAAGAAUAAUGAUGUAAAACAUGAAGCAGAACUUUGUAUUCAAGAAAUAAAAAACAUGACUUAAU